AAAUUUUUCAUUGACAGUUCUUUGUUAAAGAAGAAGAACGAAUUUUACAGUUUGAUUGGGAAAAAAUUACUGCAAGUUUAUUUAUUGUGUGUAUUGUGCUGACUCAACUUUAAAAAAAGUAUAAAAAUCUGAAAAGAACGAAAUUUUGAGUGAUUGCUGCCAAUAUUCUUUGCACAAUGGAUUUCGGCGAUGAUUUUGCCCCCAAAGAGGAAGUUGAUCCCGCAGCCGAGUUUCUGGCACGUGAACAAUCUGUUCUCGGUGACCUCGAAUCGGAAAUCGUACCUCCAUCAAAUACUGCUCCCAGUGCACCGGCCAGCACAGAUGGUGGCAAUGGACUACUUGGCAGCGAUGAACUAGCCCCUAAUGCGGUUGGCGGCGGACUUGGUUCAUCUACCGGUAGCUUUGAAAUGAUUGGUGGUGAAUCAAAUGAACCAGUCGGUAUAUCGGGACCACCACCUUCUCGGGUUGAACCUGAAAAAAUAAGAAAAUGGCGAGAGGAACAAAAACAACGUCUCGAAGAAAAAGAUAGGGAAGAAGAACGUAAGAAAGAAGAGUUGCGUCUGCAGGCGAAGCAGGAAUUGGAAGAUUGGUUGCGUCAAACAGAAGAAUCUAUCGCUAAAACCAAAGCGGCCUCACGCAACGCUGAAAAGCAGGCAGCGGCGCUUGAAAAUGGUGGACCCAUGGAACCGGGAACCGAGUGGGAGCGCAUUGCAAAAUUAUGCGAUUUCAACCCAAAAGUGAACAAAUCAGGCAAGGAUAUCUCACGCAUGCGGUCUAUAUACCUACAUUUGAAACAGAAUCCCAUUCCCCUGGGUAAUACAUAUGUACAUAUCGUUACUUCCCUGCCAGCAAAUGAAAGAUAAUUUUAUUGCCUAUCGCCACGAUGUCGCUCCUUCGUCACUAUUGGAAGUUAUACUGUGAGAAGUUAUCAAAGCGAUAGCAAUUAUUUCACAAAGUCAAAAAUUAUUUCUGAUGUUUUUCUAUCUUCUUAACAGGUGCUCGGACGAUUUUUACCCCUUGAAAUUUUGAAAAUUUCCAAAGCAAAUCUUGGAAGUUCAUUCGAGUAAAAUUAUACUUUUUACUUUAUUUUUAAUUAACGUGCAAGCAAUGUGUAUUUUAUACACAUAAUGUUUUUAUCAUGCAAGCCAUCAUAUUCGAAUAACAAAUAAUAUAAUUACGCAUGAUACAAAAAAAAAGAUCAAAGUGAAACUACCUUCUUUCAUGGAAUUACGUUUAAUUUUAAAGAGAUGCGUUAUUUGAUUUAUUAUGUUGAUGCCUUUUUACUAUGAAGUUUUGGAACUGUUUUUUAAAAUGUUUAGUUGGAAAUUCAUAAAAUAUGGGAGCGCUUGAGCUUGUGAUCUAAGCCGAGAGCAGGAUGAAAAUGGCUUCAGUAACUCUGCGGCUGUGGCUGCAAGUUCAAAGGUAUCGCAAAAAUACCAUUGCGUUUUAUCAAAAAUUAAACCAACUGAAGAACUUUUAACACUUCAGACUUUAUUGCACAAGUUACUAUCGUUCCUAUCGGAAUAGUUUCUAAUUGCUGUAUCGCUUUCGUAUCAUAAGGACGUGACGUCUUGGUGGAACAGUUUUUCCUGAGAGCGGAUAAGAAUUUGAUAAAAUAGCGACAUCGUCGGCGAUGAUUUUCGCAGAAAUGUCGUGUCGAAUUAGUAACUUCUGUAAUAGAAAAUGCUGGCAGGGUGUAAUUCACAAAGGUCUUAACCAACACUUUUCGAAACUGCGUUUUUAGCAGAUUUCGGUAGGAUGUAUUAAAAACACCUUCAAUACACCUUCGAGGCACGGCGGCAAUACUGCAGCACUGAUCAAAAUUUUGCAAUACUGUUGCAACUUCCCAACUGAUAAAACGUAGCUAGAAACUUACACCGAACGUGAUACUUAAAUAAUUCGCGCAACACUGCGGCUGUGAUUGCAUCUCGACAAGCCCAAAUUUUGAAGUGU